ACUUUCUGGAGCCUCUAAGUUAGGGCAUUGCCUUGUAGCUGUCCCAGGAGCCACAGUGGCAGUGGAGUUGGUGCCCAUGAAGGAUGAGGAAGGUCAGGCUCCAGGGGCUGCUCUUCGUGUUCUUCAUCUCAGAACUCCAAGCUGCAGCUAAAUCAGCCGAAGAGAAGUUUGUCCUACGAGAGGGGCAGACCUUUACUGUGAACUGCUACUUCUCCAUCUGGCAGUACCUCAACAGCCGGAAAGCGUGGCAGAGGUUGACCGAUGGAGGGGAACGCCUGACAUUGGCAUUAAUAGACAAGGCGUCCGGGGGGCCGAGUCAAGUCCAGGUGGGGAGGUGCUUCUUAGAAGAAAUCUCCGAUGAAGGCAUACUGCACGUCCAAAUGACCAACCUUCGAGUGGAGGACUCGGGAUUAUAUGAGUGUGUCAUUGACCAGCAUCCCAAAGCCAAAGACCACCCCAUCCUGUUUCAUCAUCCUGUGCGCCUGGUAGUGACCAAGGAUCCUUCGGAUACCCCUGCCUCAGACAAAACUCCUUCCCAGAACAAGGCUCAGGUUCCCACCCGUCCUCAUGUCACCACCAAGACCCAGAGCAUUCUCCAUACCAGCCCCAGAACUGUGACUCAAUUCCUGCCCAUGGUAACUGCCAGCCUCUCCUCUCCUGGCCUCGGAGUCACCCCCACACAAAGGACAGAUGUCAUCAGGAUCUCUCUGAUCAGCAUCGUCGUCUUCGUGGUGUGUGGAAUCCUGAGUAAGAGCCUGGUUUUCACUGUCCUGUUGGUUGUCACCCAGAGGUCAUUUGGAUCGAGGCCCGUGAACCCACAAAAAUGACCUGUGACCUUUAUCCAUGUCCAUCUGACAGCUGUGCUGGAAGAAGAAUGCGAAGGAAAAGGAAAGGGGUCGGGGGAGACAAUGACUGAGUUGGGUUUGUAACAUAGAUUGUCUCGAAGGUUCAGGAUCCCACCUUCCUGGCCCCAGGAAGUCCCCCCAUUUCACUAAUAACCUUGGGUGUGUGCUUUGCCCCAUCAGAAGAGACG